GUAAGUUAGAAAACUCUAAACCUUACAUAAGUCUAAUAGUAUCAUUUCAGAAAUGGAAAACUUAAUAUUCUCAUGAUGUAUGUCCAUCGUUACAUCCGUUUGACACCAGUUGUUGGAGCUGUAUUACUGUUUGCCUUCAGUAUCAAUGAAUUGUUGUAUGAUGGACCGUUUAAAUACAUAUCAUUAGAGAAGAAUGAAUGUGACAGUAGUAAUUGGUGGCCAAUUCUUUUAUAUAUUUCGAAUUAUUUUCGAGUAUCAACUUGUUUUGAUCAAACUUGGUAUUUAGCAGUUGAUUUUCAACUUUAUGUACUUUCACCACUGCUGUUGAUUCCAAUGUGGAAAUGGGGAAAGAAAUUUGUACCUGUUUUGGUUAUUAUGUGUAUAACUGCUAUUGGAUGUGUUAUGGCUGUUUACAUAUCCAAAGAAUUUACGAGUCUUAUUACUGGAACUUAUCCAGCAGAAUGGAGUCUAACUUAUAUUCCAACUCACACAAGAUGUCCACCAUGGAUAGUUGGUUUCGGAUUUGGUUAUUUCAUGCAUAUCAACCGAAACAAUACCAUACGACCACCAAAGAAAAUUCAAAUUUUAGGUUGGUUAAUAAGUUUCUCCAUCCUCAUAGCCAUAAUAUUCGGUCCAUAUUUCACAAUUAACGCCAAUAUGGAGGGAACUGUUUUAGAAGCUGCAUUUUACGAAGCUUGGAAACGUGUUUCAUGGGCAAUUGCAUUAACAUGGAUUGUAUUUGCUUGUCAUUUUGGAUUCGGUGGAGUAGUUAAUACAUUUUUGUCACAUCCUUUUUGGCAACCAUUGGGACGUUUGACAUUUUCCUUGUAUUUAAUUCAUAUGACAGUUGUGAGAAUUAAUUUUGGAAAAAUUCGUACAGAAUUGCAUUAUUCAAACUAUAAUUUGGUUUGUUUUAUUCUUCUAUUUUUGGGAUGUUUUGGAAUUUCAUUAAUGGCGGCUAUAAUUGUAACAUUGACUUUUGAAUCACCAGUUUUGGUGUUGGAAAAAUUCCUAUUCAAUCGAAGAAAAUCAGAAACUAGUAAUAUUUUGCAAAAUCAACAAACAAUGCAACGUGAUCUCCGUCUUCAGAUGCCUAACAAGAAUUUCUGA